AUGCCGGAUUACAGCGAAAUAUGCCGCUCCUCCCAAUUCACCUUCCUCGUCGGCAAACAAAGAACCCCGAUCAAGGUCCAUUCGGCCGUAUUCAAGGAGUGCUCCCGGCCAUUGGCCGCUCUCAUCAACAACGGAAUCAUGAAAGAAUCCACCGACCGCGUUGCAGUGCUUGCCGAUGUCGAUCCUGAAGUUUUCACGGCAGUCUGCGAAUACGCGUAUACCGGCUCUUAUAAGUCGCCCUCUUUGGACCCAGCAGAUAACCAGGUCAUGCGACUUUUAAGUUCUGCACUCGAUGAGAUCAUGGCAUCUCUUCCUACUCUAGCCACCCAGAGCUACAAUCUUUUAGCAGAACCCGGUACGGCCCGGUAUGUCGAACGGUGCAAAACGCUAUCAUCGAAGCUAUCCGAUCUACGCACGGCGCUCUCUGUCAACGGAGUGGCAUGUGCUCUCUUCCAUGCCAAGUUAUACAUCUUUGCCACUAAGUACUUGGUUGAGGAGCUGCGGCAACUCUCCCUACGUUCAAUCUACCAGGACCUCACACGUUACUUUUUCAGUACAGACGAGAUCUGCGAUCUCCUCGAAUAUGUCUACAGGCAUACUGGGUCAGUUGAGCACGACGGUCGGUCGUCAUUGCGAAGGAUGCUCAUUCGCUAUGUUGCAGUCCGUAUGUGGCGCUAUUCGUCUGACAAGAGGUUCUCGGAUAUGCUGCAGUCCAAUGGGGAAAUAGGCGCAGACCUGAUUCAAAAGCUACUUUUGUAG